AAUGACAACACGUUUUUGGAGAAGCUACACAACUCUUACCUGAGCAUGGCUUCAAAAACCCCAAGAUGACUUGCAUAGACUGUGUGUGAGUGAAACUUCAUGUUUUUGUUCCAGUUGCUUGUUCCGGUUGUUUGUUCCGAUUUCUAUUCGGCUUCGGAUGACAAUCGGUUGGACAUGGGGUUGUUGCCAGGUACGCCAUUAUAUGCCAUUUGUGUUUGGCAUUGCCAAAGAGAUGAAGCCGGUGUUAAAUGAGAAAGCAUCGUGGAUGUUUACUAGUCAAUGUGACAAAAUUGUAACGAGAAGUACAUUAUGCCAAAUAGUAAUUAUUUAGAAAGGGCAACAAGAGCAGUUUAAUUUCCCGGAUACCUGUUUUUUUAUAAUUUUCAACAACGCUGUUAAAGCUUAGUGCAGACAAUUUUCCGAAGGCUGCUAUUUCAUUAAAUUCUCAUACAGUGAAGAAAGUGUAAAUGAACUGCGUCGAUAAAUAUUCCUCAACAAAACUGCGUGAUCAAGCUAAAAGAUAAUGAGGCAAAUUUUAGGAUCAUAUUUUAUGUCAGUUUUAUGCCAAGAACAUCAUUCAUCUUCUCCUCGCAGGCUUAUUGGUGUUAAUACACAGUAACAAAGUACUUCAAGCGCUUUGUGUAAGGCAAAAAUUGCUUUCUGUACAAUUGUUAUCGUAGCUGAGUCUUUUUUGUCACUAAUAUGGUAAAAUGUCAACAACUUUAGCAGUCCAUUUGAAAUAGAUUAGAAUAGCAAAGAAUUGAUGAGAAUGCUUUUCCCAAGCUAUCUCAAAAACAUUGCAAGUGGG